AGGGUCUGAAUGCUGACAACAUUAGACAAGCUUCAGAGCAGCUGAAGAGCCGCUGGAUUGAGUUCUGUCAGUUGCUGAGCGAAAGAUUGGCAUGGCUGGAGUACCAAAAUAACAUCAUUGACUUCUACUCCCAGCUGCAGCAACUGGAGCAGACAGCAAUUACUGCAGAAAACUGGCUGAAAGCACAACCCACACCAGCAACAGAUCCUGCCACAGUAAAAACGCAGCUGGAAAAAUGCAAGGAUGAAAUCAUCCGAAUGUCAACCCUUCAGCCUCAAAUUGAACGGCUAAAGGCUCAAAGCCAAGAGCUCAAAGAGAAAGAACAAGGGCCGGUGUUUCUGGAUGCUGACCUUGCUGCUUUUACCAGCCAUUUCAAACAAAUACUUGCUGACAUGCAGGCCAGAGAAAAGCAGCUACAGACCAUUUUUGACAGUUUGCCUCCUGCACACUACAAAGAGACAAUGAGCACUAUACUUGUGUGGAUUCAGCAGUCAGAAACUAAACUCUCCGUGCCUCAGGUUGUGGUUGCUGAAUAUGACAUCAUGGAGCAGAGACUCAGGGAGUUCAAGGCUCUACAAAGUUCUCUGCAAGAGCAGCAAAAAGGCCUGAACUAUCUCAGCACGACUGUGGAAGACAUGUCCAGGAAAGCCCCUGCAGAAGUCAGCCAAAGAUAUCAGUCAGAGAUUGAGGUGGUCCUUGGCCGCUGGAAGAAAUUAUCAGCGCAGCUGGUGGAACAUUGCCAGAAACUUGAGGAGCUUAUGACCAAACUCCAGAGAUUUCAGAAUGACACUAAAACACUGAAGAAGUGGAUGGCUGAAGUGGAUGUUUUUCUGAAGGAAGAGUGGCCUGCCCUUGGCGAUUCAGAAGCACUGGAAAAGCAACUUGAGCAAUGUACAGCUUUAGUAAAUGAUAUCCAGACAAUCCAGCCCAGUUUGAACAGUGUUAAUGAGGUUGGGAAGAAAAUGAAGAGUGAAGCAGAGCCAGAAUUUGCUUCCAGAAUAGAGACAGAACUAAAGGAGCUCAAUGUUCAAUGGGAACACAUUUGCCAACAGGCCUAUGCUAAGAAGGCAGCAUUAAAGGGUGGUUUGGAUAAGACUGUGAGUCUCAGAAAAGAUUUGUCAGAGAUGCAUGAAUGGAUAACACAAGCUGAGGAAGAAUAUCUGGAAAGAGAUUUUGAGUAUAAAACACCUGAUGAAUUACAGAAAGCUGUUGAGGAACUGAAGAGCAAGGAGGAAGCCAUGCAGAAAGAAGUAAAAGUGAAGCUUAUUACUGAUUCUGUGAAUAAUUUUAUAGCAAAGGCUCCACCUGCAGCUCAUGAGGCCUUGAGAAAGGAACUUGAUGUUCUAAUUACCAGCUACCAGCAACUCUGCAGCAGACUGAAUGGAAAGUGCAAAACUUUGGAGGAGGUAUGGGCAUGUUGGCAUGAAUUAUUGUCAUAUUUAGAUGCAGAAAAUAAAUGGUUGAAUGAGAUUGAACUGAAACUCAAGGCAACUGAAAAUAUCCAAGGAGGUGCAGAAGAGAUUUCUGAGUCUCUAGAUUCUUUGGAACGUUUAAUGAGACAUCCAGAAGAUAGUCGCAAUCAGAUUCGGGAGCUGGCUCAGACUUUAACUGAUGGUGGAAUUUUGGAUGAAUUGAUCAAUGAGAAACUUGAGAAGUUCAAUACUCGAUGGGAGGAACUUCAGAAGACUGAUUCACUUACAGGUCUGUAUAUUGGAUCUAAAAAACACUGUUGCCUGAAGAAGUUCAAGGCCGUGAGAAGACAAAAGAGUCUUGAACAGAGUAUUCAGUCUGCCCAGGAGACUGACAAAACCCUCCGCUUAAUCCAAGAGUCUCUCGGUGUUAUUGACAAACAGCUGGCAGCCUACAUUGCAGACAGAGUUGAUGCAGCACAGGUCCCUCAGGAAGCGCAGAAAAUACAAUCUGAAUUAACAAGCCAUGAGAUUAGUUUGGAAGAAAUGAAGAAACGAAACAGGGGUAAAGAUGCUGCCAAAAGAGUGCUUUCCCAAAUUGAUGUGGCACAGAAAAAGCUGCAGGAUGUCUCCACAAAGUUUCGCUUGUUUCAGAAGCCAGCCAACUUCGAACAGCGCCUACAAGAAUGUAAAAGAAUUUUAGAUGAAGUGAAGUUGCAGGUGCCCAAGCUGGAGAUGAAGAGUGUUGAGCAGGAAGUAGUACAAUCGCAGUUGGAUCAUUGCAUG